AGCCAGUUUUGCCCAGGGCCCGAUUCUCGCGCUCCCGCCCGACGGGCUCCCGCCGUAGUUCGAUCAUUCGCUGCCAUGCGCGCGGACAGGAGCCCGUUCUUGCCGCUCCAGCUCCCUCUCGAAAGCGACUGCGAGCCAGGAGAGGUCGCCCCCGCGCGGGCCCCGCGCGCGCCGCACGCGCAGCGCGCUCGGGCCGCGGCGGCAGCGCGCUGUCGGCGGCUGCGGCGGCGCUGGCUCUGCUGGCUGUGGCUUGGCGCGCGGGGCCCUCCACGGGGGCCGCGACUCUUGCCUCGCCUGAGGCUAUCAUUGUUGAGGCCGCCAGCGCGGAUGCCAACGAGUCAGCGGAUCCUGACGAGAGCGACCCGUGCUCGCAGACCGGGGCGUCUUGCGCAGUUUCCAAGUGCUGCUCUGAGCCAGGCUCGAAGUUGCUACAAGAAGAACGACUACUGGAGUUCGUGCAACCAAACCUGCAACCCGUACUACAUGUGGAAGGACGGCGGCUGGGUCGAGACGAACGAGACAGUCUGGGACUGCGAGGAGGUUCGGCCGCCGUGCUCGCAAGCCGGGGAGUCUUGCGCACUUACACAGUGUUGUUCUGAGCCAGGCGCAAGUUGCUACAAGAAAAACGACUACUGGUUCGCGUGCAACCUGACUUGCGACCCCAAUUCGAUGUGGAUGGAGGACCGCUGGGUCAAGACGAACGAAACAGUCUGGGACUGCGGGGUCAUCGCUAUCGAAAGUACUGAUAAUGCCACCGAUGCCGCUGAUACCGAUGCUCCGGCAGACUCCGCGAGCAGCUCCGAUGCCUCGACAGCCUCCGCCUGCUCUCAGAACGGGGAGUCUUGCGCACAGACCAUGUGCUGCUCCGAGCCUGGCGCAAAGUGCUACAAGAAGAAUGACCAUUGGAGUUCGUGCAACCAAACUUGCGACCCUUUCAGUUUGUGGGAGGUGGACCGCUGGGUGGUGACGAACGAGACAGUCUGGGACUGCGAGGAGGUUCGGCCGCCGUGCACGCCGAACGGGGCGUCUUGCGCACUUUCCCAGUGCUGCUCUGAGCCAGGCGCGAAGUGCUACAAGAAGAACGAUUACUGGAGCUCGUGCAAUCAAACUUGCAACCCAGACUACUUGUGGAUGGAGACCGGCUGGGUCAAGACGAACGAGACAGUCUGGGACUGCGAGGACCUCACCGUGAGUCCUGUCGAAUCAGCGGAUCCCAUCGCUGAUGCAGAAGCCGAGGACCAGAACAACACGUGUUCACAGAAUGGGGCGUCCUGCGCACUUUCCCAGUGCUGUGCUGAGCCUGGCUCGAAGUGCUACAAGAAGAACGACUACUGGAGUUCGUGCAACCAAACCUGCAACCCGUACUACAUGUGGCAGGUGGACCGCUGGGUCGAGACGAACGAGACAGUCUGGGACUGCGAGGACCUCACCGUGAGUCCUGUCGAAUCAGCGGAUCCCAUCGCUGAUGCAGAAGCCGAGGACCAGAACAACACGUGUUCACAGAAUGGGGCGUCCUGCGCACUCCCAGUGCUGUGCUGAGCCUGGCUCGAAGUGCUACAAGAAGAACGACUACUGGAGUUCGUGCAACCAAACCUGCAACCCGUACUACAUGUGGCAGGUGGACCGCUGGGUCGAGACGAACGAGACAGUUUGGGACUGCGAGGAGAUUCGGCCGCCGUGCACGCCUAACGGAGAGUCUUGCGCACUUUCCAAGUGCUGCUCUGAGCCAGGCAUGAAGUGCUACAAGAAGAACGAUCAUUGGAGCUCGUGCAAUCAAACUUGCAACCCAAACUAUUUGUGGAUGGAGACCGGCUGGGUCAAGACGAACGAGACAGUUUGGGACUGCGAGGUCAUCACUAUCGAUAGUACCGAUGUUUCGACUGACUCCGAUACGACUGACUCCGCGAGCAGCUCCGAUGCCUCGACAGCCUCCGUGUGUUCGCCAAACGGGGAGUCUUGUGCACUUACCAAGUGCUGCGCUGAGGCUGGCUCGAAGUGCUACAAGAAAAAUGGCAAUUGGAGUUCGUGCAACCAAUCUUGCGACCCAAACUCCAUGUGGCAGGUGGACCGCUGGGUCACGACGGACGAGGCAGUCUGGGACUGCGAGGAAAUCAGUCUCCCGUGCUCGCCUAACGGGGCGUCUUGCGCACUUUCCCAGUGCUGCUCCGAUCCUGACUCGAAGUGCUACAAGAAGAACGACCAUUGGAUCGCGUGCAACCAGACCUGCGACCCGAACUCCAUGUGGACGGAGGGCGGCUGGGUGGUGACGAACGAGGCAGUCUGGGAUUGCGGUGAACACAUUAUCGAUGGUUCUGAAGCCUCGCAGAAUUUCUGGGACUGGUUGCUCCACCUGUUCGGUAGGUAGCAGUUCGCAGUCCCAGUCGUCGUUUCCUCACCUCCAAACUCGCAUUCCCUCACUUCCCCCUUCAUCUCAUCUUGUCCUUCUCGCGCUCCUCCAUGAAGGGCUGCGCCCAUUUAGGGCGCCAAAGUGCUAAUCCACAGAUCGUUGAUUAGACAGGCCCAGAGGAAGCAUUCCACUCAUCAGGCGUUCUCAGCAUACUGGAAGGGACGGUCAGACAGCGCGUUUUCAAUUUGUUUGAGUUGACAUAGGUCUUGAUUCCAUGUCACGCCGUUGGGCAUCCUGCCAGUGACCCUGACGAAGGAGUGGAGGCCUUCAGUUGUGAAGUUUUGAAUUGCCUUCUGCGAAAUUUCGCUGUCCGCGGCAAGUGCCGCCACAGUGCCUGCCCAGCAUUCUGGUUGGCGAUUGUUCGAGUGGCACGGGAGGCCUUCGCAUGUGACACCUCGUGUCUUCAGGCUCGGGGGAGUCGUGGUGAUGAUGAGGAGGAG